AUGUCCAAGGGAUUCAAAUACGUGAUCGAGCACAUGGAGCAGGAUGACGAGGAGACCCGUACCCUCCCCGAAUGGGUUCGCCUCGAGUACGCCCACAUGCUGCAGCAAGUGGGCCCUUCCUCGACUGUCGAGUUCACCUCGCUGUCCUCGUCCUCGAUCCCGCCACUGAAGACGUACCUCUCGUCGCGCCCCGAGGGCUCCAAGGCCGUCGCCCACACCCAGCCCGUCCUGGACAUGCUGGCCAAGUGCAGCCCCCCGAUCCCCAUUGAGCGCGUGUGCCUCCUCGACCCGCGUGCCGAGACGGUCAUUGCUCCCGAGGACGCCGACGCCUUUGACGUCUUCCUCUACGGCGGCAUCCUCGGCGACGACCCACCUCGCGACCGUACCGGCGAGCUGCGCCGUCUGGGCUUCCCCGGCCGUCACCUGGGCCCCGUGCAGAUGACCACUGACACUGCCGUCGCUGUCACCAAGCGUGUGGUUGAAGAUGGCAUUGCCCUGGACAAGAUCCAGUACUCGGAAUUCCCCACGAUCACCUUCAACAAGCACGAGUCGAUCGAGAUGCCCUUCCGCUACAUUGCCGACGACAAGGGUGAGCCGAUCCUCCCCCCUGGCAUGAAGGAGCACCUCAAGGCGGACCUGGACCGCACCAUUGAGGACUUUUAUCUAUAG